UUUGAUACCGUUGAAUGUGCUGUUUACAGGUAAAGGAGCUAAUCAUGGACGAGUCGUUCGAUCCUGUAAAGCGGGAACUAUCACUAAAGUACACGACGGCCGAGCGGUGGAAGUCCAUGCUCUCCGACAUCGUGGCCAACUCGCAGCAGCUGUUCAUGCCGCCCAUCCUCCGCUUCACCCUCAUCUCCAUCACCAUCAACUUCACCUUCCACAUAGGCUACUACGGUCUCAUGAUGUGGUUCCCGGAGUUGUUUCACCGCUUCGACGAGUUUAGCACGGCGCACCCGGGCCGGGAGGCCUCCGUGUGCGACGUCACGAGGUUUGUCGUCACCAACGGAACGCAUUCUGCGAACUCGGCGUGCGACGACUCCAUCCAAGGCUCCGUGUUCAUGGAGUCUCUCAUCACAGUCGCGUCUGCCGUGCCCUCCAACAUCAUCGCGGUGCUCGGCAUGGACCACCUCGGCCGGAAGUUCUUCCUCGUGUUCAGCACGUUCACGUCGGGGCUGUGUGCCUUCGGCAUGUUCUUCGUCUACAACAAGCGGAACAACCUGAUCGUCAACGCAGUGUUCAGCUCCGUCAUCAGCUGCGGUAACGCCGCGCUCGACUGCCUCAUCACGGAGAUCUUCCCCACGCACCUGCGGGCGACUGGUGUGGCUGUGUCCAUGGUGGCUGCACGCCUGGGAGGAAUCAUAGGCAACAUCGUGAUAGCCACCCUCCUGGACGUAUAUUGUCCAGCCCCAACAUUCAUCGUGGCUGCCCUGCUCAUAGGCGGUGGCCUCCUUUGUCUGUUCCUACCAAAUACGACGAGAGAGCCACUCUCAUGACCCUUCUUUUCAAACCACAACUACAACCUGACAACCCUAUCCACAAUAUGUUGACGACUGGCCAUAAAAAAAAUCCUUAUUCCCUCUUCAUUUUUGACUUGAAAGGUGUCAUUAAUGUGCUCCAGUUUUCUUUGGAUUAGGCUUUGUGAAUCAUUUUAAGUAGAAUUACAUGUACAUUAUUUACAAUGCUUUCCACCAGUAAGUACCCCAUGGCGUUCUUAGUAUUCUCAUUAGGUAAAACAACAUUAUUUGACGCCCUGGGAAUAACAAAGCGUUAGUUAUGACGGCCGAUGAGGGCUUUUGUUGUUCCUAAAACUGUAUUGCUGAUCUGAGCCUGUGAUUUUAAUAUCCAUUUUGACAUUUUAAAAUGUAAUUGGAAGUACCAACUGAAUCGAAACUGUUUUCAAAGACUUUAUAGUCCUAAGCUUUAUUCGAAUAUGUGUUUACUUUUUAGUGUAAAGACGUUGUCACUCUAUGUAAAUAUCUAGACAAUAAACAAAUAAAUGAUAAAGUGAAUAGACGUUUAGAUAAUUGUGUCAUGAUCUUAUUGAGCCACUUGUAUUUAUUUAUUUUUCAUAACAAAUGGGGGAAUAAAAUGAGAUAUGACAGCAACUGGUUCAUGACUAACAA